AUGGAAGCACAACGCUCGCGGUGCCUCUGGAAGCUAAUCACUCUGACAUGGCAGAUCACAACAUUCUUACCGACUUCAUUGCCUCUUGAGCAGGUCAUAUCAUCCUCGAAACUCACACUAUCGCAAGUUCUCUGUCCAUCAACUUCCCCUAAAGCAUUGUCCACUGCCCAAGGAUACAUCGUCAGUUUUGCUGUGCUAGGCUUUGCCUUUGUUCAUCUGGAAAACUCAUCUCAAAGACUAAAUCCUGCCCUCGGACAAGGGGAUUUCUGGCUGCAACACUACCAACUUUGCGAGGCCUUGAUUCAUAUAUUCGAAACUUUUGGGAUAGAUCAGCCCACAUGCAGCUUGAUGGGUGGCCAAGAUUCGGGUCCAAUAUGCAUGUUUCUAAACCUACAUGCUACUAAUAUCACCCUGCACUUUGCUGCCAACCUGCAAAUUGCAAAUUCCAAGACGUCGCCUCUGCCUGUGUUGAUCGAUCAUGAGACAAAGUGUUUGGACUCGGCGAUUAGAAUCGCUGAGACCACUAGCGCAGUCUGUCAAAUGGACCGCGGUACAAUUAGCCCCUAUAUUCUGUGGGCUAUUUAUGUCGCUGCCCAAAUCUUUGUGCGAGACUUGCAACAAUCAGGAAUUUCAUCAACACCAAAUCAUCUGGACGCCUUACAGAAAGAAGCCGCACCUGCGACCGCCGGGUUGGGUACAUCCCAGUACAGAUUUUUGGACUAUAUUCAGCGACUGCUGGAAACAUUGUCAAUCCUUACUCUGCAUAACCCAAUCGCCGGAUUGUUUAUUUCGCAGAUUGAUAUGGAAAUUAUGGGAGGCAAGCCGUUCACUGACCUUCGACUCAUUGGUCGAGUGGAGAACCUAGUGCCUGGGUUCGAAAUACCUCACGAUUGA